AUGCAAAUCCUGAGGCUUUCAUCAUCUCAUUUACCAUCAUCUCAUUUUUUCCCUCUUUCGUCAUCAUCCCAUUCUUUUCUUCUUUCGCCAUCAUCUCAUUCUUUCCUUCUUUCAUCAUCAUCUCUUUUCUUUUCUUUCCUUCUUUCAUUUUAUUCAUCAUCUCAUUCUUUCUUUUUUUUCCUUCUUUCGUCAUCAUCAUCUCAUUCUUUUCUUCUUUCUUCAUCAUCAUCUCAUUCUUUUUCAUCUCAUUCUUUUCCUUUUUCAUCAUCAUCUCAUUCUUCUUUCUUUCAUCAUCUCAUUCUUUCCUUCUUUCAUCAUCAUCUCAUUUUCUUUUCAUCAUUCAUUUUUUUCUUUUUUUCUUCUUGUUUCAUUCUUAAUUUAAUUUUCUCCUUUCAUUUUAUUCUGAUUCAUUUAUCUUCUUUUCUUUUUCUUUCAUUCAUUCAUCAUCUCAUUCUUUCUUUUUCUUUCAUCAUCAUUUUCAUUCUUUCAUUCUUUUUUUUUCUUGAUUCAUCAUCUCAUUCUUUCCUUCUUUCGUCAUCAUCUCAUUCUUUUCUUCUUUCAUCAUCAUCUCAUUCUUUCCUUCUUUCAUCAUCAUCUCAUUCUUUCCUUCUUUCGCUUCAUCAUCUCAUUCUUUCCUUCUUUCGUCAUCAUCUCAUUCUUUUUCCUUCAUCUCAUUCUUUCCUUCUUUUCAUCAUUAAUUUAAUUUUCCUUUCAUUUUAUUCUGAUUCAUUUAUUUCUUCUUUCGUCAUCAUCUCAUUCUUUCCUUCUUUCAUUUCAUCAUCUUUCAUUUUAUUUCCUUCUUUCAUUCAUCAUCUCAUUCUUUUCAUUUUUCUGAUUUUUCAUCAUCUCAUUCUUUCCUUCUUUCAUCAUCAUCUCAUUCUUCUUUCGUCAUCAUCUCAUCAUCUCAUUCUUAAUUUGUUUUUUCCUUCUUUCAUCAUCAUCUUUUCUUCUUUUCCUUCAUUUUUUAAUUUUUUCUGUCAUCAUCUCAUUCUUUCCAUUUCUUUCAUUCAUUUUUCUCAUUUUCAUUCUUUUUUUCUUUUUUUUUUCAUCAUCUCAUUCUUUCCUUCAUCAUUCAUUUCUUUCUUCAUUCAUCUCAUUCUUUCAUCAUUCAUUCUUUCCUUCUUUCAUCAUCAUCUCAUUCUUUCCUUCUUUUAUUUCAUUCAUCUCAUUCUUUCCUUCUUUCAUCAUCAGCUCUUUUUUUUCUUUUCUUCAUCUUUUUCGCCAUCAUCUCAUUCUUUUCCUUCUUUCUUCUUUCAUCAUCUCAUUCUUUCAUUCUUUUUCCUUACUCUCAUUCUUAAUUUAAUUUUCUCCUUUCAUUUUAUUCUGAUUCAUUUAUCUUCUUCUUUCAUCAUCAUCUCAUUCUUUCCUUCUUUCAUCAUCAUCUCAUUCUUUCCUUCUUUCGUCAUCAUCUCAUUCUUUCAUUUUAUUCUGAUUUCUUUCGUCAUCAUCUCAUUCUUUCCUUUUUUCUUUCAUCUCAUCUCAUCGUCAUUCUUUCUUUUUUUCUCUCUUUCAUUUCAUUCUUUCAUUCUUCUUUCCUUCUUUCGUCAUCAUCAUCAUUCAUUCAUUUUUCCUUCUUUCAUCAUCAUCUCAUUCUUUCUUCUUUCUUCAUUCUUUCAUCAUUUUUCCUUCUUUCAUUCUUUCCUUUCUUUUCAUCUCAUCAUCUCAUUCUUUUGUUUUUCUUCUCAUUUUCCUUCUUCGUCAUCAUCUCAUUCUUUCUUUCCAUCUCAUUCUUUCUUCUUUCGUCAUCAUCAUUUUCUCAUUCAUUUUCAUCAUCAUCAUUCAUUUCUUUUUUCCUUCUUUCAUCAUCAUCAUCAUUCUUUCCUUUUUCUUUUUUCUUCUUUCAUCAUCUCAUUCAUUUUUUUUUUUUUUUCUGAUUCAUUUUCUUUCUUUCAUCAUCUCAUUCAUCUCUUUCUUUCCAUUCAUUUCCUUUUUUCAUCUCAUUCUUAA